UCGGUCAAGGCGGGAUACGCCUCCACUAUCGGUGGGAGAUCGGUAUGGCUGUCCACUAGGAGCCUACCGUCAACCUGGCCAACCAAGAAAUUAGACCACCGAUAUGUCGGACCGUUCCCAAUUGAGGCUGUCAUCAAUCCGGUCGCCUAUCGCUUAAUUCUGCCACAUUCCACACGGGUACAUCCAGUCUUUCACAGUUCUCUUUUGGUCCCUGAGCAACCGGCAUGUCCACUCCACCAAGCCGAACCGCCCCCACUGGAACAACGUGACAGAGACAGUGCCCCCGAGUACGAGGUUGCCAGCAUUCGGGACUCCCGUUGGGUGAAAGGACGCUUCCAGUACCUGAUUGAAUGGAAAGGCUACGGACUGGAGGAGUUCACCUGGGAGGAUGCGUCUACAAUUCAUGCUUCUGUCUUGGUGACCGCCUUUCAUGAACAAUUCCCAUCCCAACCGCAUCCAGAUCGGCACACCUGGGGGAAGGGCCCUGCAGUGUGGGAUAGUGUUGUGAUUCUGUGCCAGCCUGUGCUCACAACAGCUGAGUCUGAGGAAUCUGAGGAGGAGGUAGAAGAGGCGUUUGAAGGGCCAUCAGGGGCAGAGGGAGGCUCUGAUGAAUUACAGGACUCACAAUUGGAUGCAGAGCCUGGGCCCUCCAGUCGUGUUUCUGAUGAAGCUCAGCUGUGUGAGGAGAAUGAGUCAGACUCGGAAGAAUCACAUCUGAUGGACUUGCUAUUUGAUGCAUGCUCCCGUCAUCAAUUAGCAAGAGUAAAUCAGCAGCAGUUAAUGCGACUACUCCAGAGAAAAAGGAGAAGGCACUGAGAGGCAACGCCUUGGGACUGCUGUAUAAAGAGAGGAGGUAU